UGCCCCCGCAAAGGAGUCCCUCCGCCCCGCGCAAGGCCGCGGCGAGGAGGGGGCGCGGCCCGGCGCCUAGGAGCUUACAUUCCUCCGCCGCGCGCGCCGCCGAGCAGGGCGCCGCGUCCCCCGGCUCGCGCGUGGCCGCCGGAACGACCCCGGCCCGGCGCCGGCCCCGCCCCGCCCCGCGCCCAGGGGUCCCGGGGCGGGCUCCGGGCUUCGGGCGGACGAUGCGGCGGCCCGGCCGGAGCGGCGGCGGGAAGCGGAGGCGGAGGUGACGCGCCAGGGCCGGCGGGCCGGGCCAUGCAGCGCUCCCGGGCGGGCGCGGACGAGGCGGCCCUGCUCCUGGCCGGGCUGGCCCUGCGGGAGCUGGAGCCCGGGUGCGGCUCUCCGGGCCGGGGGCGGCGGGGGCCGCGGCCUGGGCCUGGAGACGAGGCGGCGCCCGCGCUGGGCCGCAGAGGGAAGGGCGGCGGCGGCCCCGAGGCCGGGGCGGACGGACUGAGCCGCGGGGAGCGGGGUCCCCGGCGCGCGGCGGUCCCGGAGCUCAGCGCGCAGCCUGCGGGCAGCCCACGGGCCAGCCUGGCGGGGUCCGACGGCGGCGGCGGCGGCAGCGCCCGCUCCAGCGGCAUCAGCCUGGGCUACGACCAACGCCACGGCAGCCCGCGCUCCGGCCGCUCGGACCCGCGUCCCGGCCUCGGGCCGCCGUCGGUGGGCAGCGCCCGCUCCAGCGUGUCCAGCCUCGGUUCCCGGGGCUCGGCCGGCGCCUACGUUGACCUCCUCCCGCCCGGCGCCUGCCCCGCGCCCGCUCGCUCCCCGGAGCCUGCGGGGCCGGCCCCCUUCCUGCUGCCUGCACUCCCGCUGCCCCCCGGCCGGGAGGGCGGCCCAAGCGCGGCCGAGCGGCGGCUGGAGGCGCUCACCCGGGAGCUGGAGCGGGCGCUCGAGGCGCGCACGGCGCGGGACUACUUCGGCAUUUGCAUCAAGUGUGGGCUUGGCAUCUAUGGAGCCCGGCAGGCGUGCCAGGCAAUGGGGAGUCUUUAUCACACUGACUGCUUCACCUGUGACUCGUGUGGGAGACGACUCCGUGGGAAGGCGUUCUACAACGUGGGUGAGAAAGUAUACUGCCAGGAGGACUUCCUGUACUCCGGGUUCCAGCAGACGGCUGACAAGUGCAGCGUGUGUGGACAUCUCAUCAUGGAAAUGAUCCUGCAGGCCCUGGGCAAGUCCUACCACCCAGGCUGCUUCCGGUGCUCUGUGUGCAAUGAGUGCCUGGAUGGGGUUCCCUUCACCGUGGACGUGGAGAACAAUAUCUACUGCGUGCGAGACUAUCACACGGUUUUUGCACCAAAAUGCGCCUCCUGUGCCCGUCCUAUCCUCCCUGCACAGGGCUGCGAGACAACCAUCCGUGUGGUGUCCAUGGACAGAGACUACCACGUGGCGUGUUACCACUGUGAGGACUGCGGGCUGCAGCUGAGCGGGGAGGAGGGACGCCGUUGCUACCCCCUGGCAGGCCACCUGCUGUGUCGUCGUUGCCACCUGCGGCGCCUCCAACCUGGGCCUCUUCCCUCACCCACUGUGCACGUCACUGAGCUCUGAGCAGGGGAAAACCCGUCCUUGGGCCGGGGUGGGUGUGGGUGUGGAGGGACGGCCCCGCGUGGGUGGCCCCGGUCAGUGUCGGGGGAGCUCCCUCCAAUCCCACUUUCCCACCGAGCUGCUGUCUGCAGGGGCCGGAUCCCCGCGUGGAAGCUUCUAUUUAUUCACCGUCUGUGCCUGCUCAAGUCACUUCCCUGCGGGCCCUGCCUCCUACCCACCCCAUCACCAGCUUUCCACUUGGAGGCCCCCUGCGCCCUGCAGCCUCAGGGUAGGCUGUGGGUCACCAGGCUGGAGAUGGCCCCUUCCCUGGCCAGGGGUGCGAGGUGACCUGGCUGCAUUCCUGGGUGGGAGCUGCUGUCCGUUGUUCAGGGGCCUGGGACCCGCCCCCCGCCCCCACCUCGCAAAGCGCACUCCCAGGCAGGGUGUGGUCUGGAAGGCGGGGCUGGUGGGGACAUGGGUGUUCCUGCAUCUCCUAGCGCAGUGCCUGCUGGUGGGUGGAAGGGUGCCUGGCUUAGGCGGGGUCCCAGGAGGGGAUGAGGAAUGACACCCUUGGGGAGGGGGCUUGCAAACGGCACUGCCUGUGGCCACGUGGUCUCUGUGGGAAUUGGUCCUGGGGACUUUGAUGGGUGUUUGCGGCCCCAGUUGUUGCCCUGCUCCCUCUUACAGGGCUCCUGGCUUGGGCCCCCCCCAACCCCCUGCUCAGCUCGGGAAAAUCCCCGUGCGGGUCCAGCCCCAGGUCUCGCUCAGGAGCGAUGAGAGGGGCGCCCUGGCCGCGCUUCAGGAAAGCCUGUGUCUACGCGCGGGGCACGGGGCUCCACGACAAAAGGACAGGAUUUGACUUAAAUUAAGUUUUUCCCUUGAGGAUAUUUUCAUUUUCUUUAAAAGAAUAUAAUUUUCUUCCAAUA